UGCAGGAUGGCUUGAAGUCAGGACAGAGUGUGCAAAAGAGGGGAACAUAGUGCAGCGCAGAAGACCCGAUCGAGGAUUUUCCUCCAAACGAUGCUGGACAUAUUAAACCAAGGUCAUAGCUUGAAUGUUGUCUGCAUCCUCCUUCUCUUCCGCAACAUGUCUUAUUUUUACAUCCAAGUGCCUCUGCAGCUGCAAUCGAAUUGCGUUCAUCUGCUGAUUGCAGCAAGACUGCAUUAAAUUGGGGAACAACAAGUGUGGAUUUUUGUUUUGGGUUCCUGCUGUACAAGUAUUUAAAAGUACGUUACCGAGGGGGGGACACACACACUGCGGCUCAGUGUGAUCCUGAGCGUGAGCUGUGAACUGAAUAAGUAAAAUGAGUCUUAACAACAGUCAGACUCUGACAAUCAGCGGAGAAGAUGUGGUCAAGAACGGCAGCCAACACUCCUUGGAAGAUGCUAAUACACUUUUGAAGCCCUCCACACCCUCAAAGAAACCCCCCAAGCCAGAGAACUCCAUCACCAUUGCUGUGUCGUCCAGAGUCCUCUUCAAUAUGGAAAAGGAGCAGCAGAUCUUUGAGCAGCAGGGCAUGGAGGAAUACAUAAAGUAUCAGGUGGAGCAUGAAACGGAGCCUUUCAGCCCCGGACCUGCCUUCUCCUUUGUCAAGGCUCUGGAGGCAGUCAACACUCAGCUGAGGGACCUUUAUCCUGAGAGUGAAGAGCUCUUUGACGUCGUGCUCAUCACCAACAACCACGCUUAUGUUGGCCUGAGACUCAUCAAUACCAUCAAUCAUCACCAGUUGUUCAUCGAGCGCUUCUGUAUGACUGGAGGAAACAGUCCCAUAGGUUAUUUAAAGGCCUACAACACUAACCUGUACUUGUCUUCUGAUCCAGUCAAAGUUCACGAGGCUCUGGGGGAAGGUAUAGCAGCAGCCACCAUGUUUACCCCGGACAAAAUGACAGAAGUGUCGGAGACUCAGCUCCGUGUUGCCUUUGAUGGAGACGCUGUGCUCUUCUCCGAUGAAUCAGAGCAGAUUUAUAAGGCACAUGGACUGGACAAGUUCUUUGAGCACGAGAAGGCACACGAGAACAAGCCUCUGGACCAUGGACCACUGAAAGGCUUCCUGGAGGUUUUAGGAAAGCUCCAGAAGAAAUUUUAUGCCAAAGGCCAACGCAUGGACUGCCCCAUCAGGACCUACCUGGUGACGGCUCGCAGCGCAGCAAGUUCCGGCGCCAGAGCCCUUAAGACGUUGCGGUUGUGGGGUCUAGAGAUUGACGAGGCUCUGUUUCUUGCCGGCGCACCUAAGGGUCCCAUCUUGGAGAAGAUAAGGCCACAUAUCUUCUUUGAUGACCAGAUGUUUCAUGUGGAGGGGGCAGCAGAAAUGGGAACAGUGGCGUGCCAUGUGCCCUAUGGAAUCGCUCAAAGGGUUCCAGAAAAGAAAGGACUAAAAGACAAAGAGGUUUCUUCCAUUAAGUAGCAGAACUGUAGCAACUCAGAAGCUCAGGAGACUAAGGGGAACUCAUUUCCUGCUGCAUGAUAAUUGUAAUAAUUGUUUAAGAGUGAAAACAGUUGAAUUUUAAAGAUACAAAUGAAUUAAAAUCUAACCAAUGCACUUUCAGAUAUUUAUCAUUACAUUAACCAAAAAAAUAUUUCUAAUCAUAAUUUUACCAGCACUUUAGCGCAGAUAAAUAGUCGACAAAUAUUUAUCAUUAUAUGUUUUAAAUGUAUGUCCUAAAGCAACAUUAAGCCAUUUGACAGAAAUAAUGUUUGGGCUGCCUGGCUGUACAAUAAUAAUAAUAAUUUGCCAACACUAAUUUGUAAUUAUGUCACCAGUUUGUGGCAAAGAAGUGAAAAUGAUUUGAUUAAAAUGAUGGGUAUUAAUUACUAAGACAUGAAAACGGACUAAUAUGUUAAAAUAAAGAUUGCUCAAGAUAGGAUUCCUCAAGAUAUUAUCUUCGGAUCAAGAUUUCCUGCAAACCUUUAUCAACUUAUUGAGUAUUUACAAACAGCCUCAGGUACCACAUCAAAUGUUUUAUAAAAAUGUUAUUUACAGCUGAAAAUGUGCCUGAUAUAUCAAAUUGAUGUAUUUUUUUCUGGAUUAAUAUAUUUUUAAUAACAUCUUUGGGCAAUGUGUACCCCUUCCAAAACAUAUAUAAAAUGAAAUAACAAUAAAAUAUAAUUAGACACAGUAAGACUUAAAGAUCUAGUUAUUCCAAUAAGCAUUUAUUUAGAAAUAACAAAAAGAAAAAGAUAACUAUUUUUGUAAAUUCCAGUUUAAUGCAUAUUAGGGGAUCAGUGCAAUUCUACUUCAAAAAAGUAUAAAAUUGGUGCCUUUUAUCCCAGCUCUUUCCUGUAUGUGAUAUUUGUUUUUUGUUCAUGUGCAUUGUACUUGUUGAUGAAUAAUGCACGUAGAUGUUUGUUUCAAAGCAUUAAAUUGAGGACAUUAAAUUGUGUGCAAAUGUCACUUUUGAAUGUGUUUGCCCUUAUUGAAAAGAUUAUGUAGCUCACAAGCAUCUUCAGUGUUUGUUAAAAUCAUUUUGCAUUUUUCUUGUUUGCUGUUUGAUCCUGAAUGUUUACCAUCUCCAAUGCUAAAGCCCGCCUUACCUGCUGUUUAAAUGUUAUGGCACUCAGUGUUGUGUUAAUGGAUGCAGAAAGAUUUGUGGUGAAGGCGGUAUUUGCUGUUAAAUGUAGAAGUAGUGUCAGUUUGUGUUACAGACUGUGCAAUGUCAUGUCUUUUUAAAGAAAAUUACCUCGUGAAAUAAAACCCUGUAUCCUCCUUUCACACCAGAAAUGUGAUUUAUGUAUUCAUUAAUUCAAUGGUGUGGGAAUAUUUUCAUC